AUGGCUAGGCUCAAAAUAUUCCAAUUCAUUAUUUUUGUAGCCCUAAUUUCAAUUUCCGCCCAAUCGGAAAAUAAUUCGAUCGAUUCAAGAAAACUCGACGAGGAGAACAAGUGCGGAGGCUGUCCCUGCAACAACCCCUGCAAUCCGCCGUCGCCACCGCCGCCGCCGCCAUCACCGCCGCCGCCGCCGCCGAAGAGACAACCACCCAGCAGCAACUGUCCGCCUCCACCCAGCGGCGGCGGCAGCGGCGGCGGUGGAGGAGGAGGCCAGAACCCGCCGUAUCUGCCCAGCACACCAAGCGCGCCUUACAUAUUCAUUAACGGGCCGCCUCAGGAUCUGUACCCGGUCGACAAUUUCUCCGGUUCGGGCAGGGUCUUCUCGACCGGACCGGUUCGGCUCUUGAUCGGCGGCUUUGUGGGGCUGUUUCUAUAA